CUCCUUUCCGUCGCUCCUCGCUUUUUAUUCCCUUUUAUUUUCCCCCCUCGUUUCCCCACCCCCUCUGUUUCUCCACUCACAGUUUAACUCCUCUCUCUCUCUCUCUCUCUAUUGACUCUCAGAGAAAAGCCUUCGCCUCUCCCUUAACCCGUCCAUAUUUUCCCACAAAAGCCCCCAAAGUUAAUCAAGAUCCCGUUCGGAAUCAUCGGAGGUAAACCAUAUCCCAACGAUCUGAUUCGUUUCUUCGUGCCUCCUCUCGUCGAUUCUCGAAGCUUUUGGGUAAUCGGUGAGGCCUUUGUGGAAUCUCGGGGCCCCUCUUCUCGGCAAUUAGGGGUUUUCGGUGAGGUUCUCUUGCUGGUGGAUUGAGUAGGAGAAAGAAAAAAAAGAUAAAGAGGGUUUUUGGUCUAAUGAGAAUUGGUAGGGGGAUGCAGAGAUUGGUCGGCAGGGAUCAGAGCUUGCUAGGGCUUUGGAAGGAAUCGGUCGGCCGAGGGCUUGGUAUCUGUGCUCCCAAGGUCCGGACCCGCGAUAAAGGAUUGGUUUUUACUUGGAACCUCUGAGCCACCAAGCGUCCAAAGCAAAGUGGUGAACCGAAAAGGCGGUGAAAACCCGAAGAAAAGAUCGCGGUCUUCUGUGUAGAGAAAGAUGACUAGAAUCUUCAUCCAGCGCGGGUCAGCUGGCUCUUCCUCAAAUGCCAACCGCCCGCCUUCGUCUUCAAUCCCCCAAACUUCUGGUACUCAGGUCGCUGUAAACUCAGCAGCAAAGGAGGAGGAACAAGAAAAAGAGCCCAUUCAAGAAUCUGGUGUUUUAGAUGUCGUGGAACAGCCAGGGAAUGCGGAGGACGAGAAUCUUCCGGAAAGUUUGGUUGAGAAAGAGCUCGAUGAAAGUGCUGAUAAGGAGAUAUUGAUGGUUGACGAGAACUCAUCAGAUGCUGCAGCUUUAGCUAGAGAUUUGAGUAGGGUUAGGGUGAAUGAGCACCUGGAAUGUGAUGAUUCUGGACUUCGCUCUGGUAUUGGUUCGUCACAGAUUGUCAUGGGACCUUCGUACCCUCCUCCUCCUCCAGUCCCGCCACAGAGACCACUGUCAGGGAGUCCGGGGUUGAGGAGAAUGGGUUCGGGGAGUUCGUUUGGGGUGAGGAUUGGUUCGUCAAGAAGGCCAGCUGCUUGGCCUGCGGCACUACCUUCUAGGUCAUCGCCUUCUGGAUCUCGGCCGUCUUCUCCCAGGUCACAUGCCGAGGCUGAAGGUUACAAUAGUUCGGACGAGCAGGGCCCCUGCUAUGUAUCCUCUUAUGAUGACGUUGAGAGAGAACGCAUGUUUGAGGUUGAGAUUAGACGAGUGAAGGGAUUUGAAGUUAGAAGGAUGUUGGCGGAUGGGAAUUGCCUAUUUCGUGCUGUUGCAGAUCAAGUUUAUGGUGAUCCAGAAGCAUAUGACAUGGCUAGGCAAAUGUGCAUUGAUUAUAUGGAAAGGGAGAGGGAUCAUUUCUCUCAAUUUAUAAUUGAAGGCUUUACAUCUUACUGUAAGAGGAAAAGGCGAGACAAGGUAUAUGGAAACAAUGUGGAGAUCCAAGCAUUUGCUGAGAUGUAUAAUCGUCCUAUUCACAUCUAUUCCUACAGUACAGAACCUAUAAACAUAUUUCAAGGAAGCUAUCAUACAGAUACACCACCCAUCCGGUUAAGUUACCAUCAUGGGAAUCAUUAUAAUUCGCUCGUUGAUCCUCGUCGCCUCACAAUUGGUGCAGGCCUAGGAUUCAGCAGUCUUCGAGGAGCAAACAUUGAUAAGGACCAGGUGAAGACUGCUAUAAAAGCCCAGCAAGACCAGCAGAUUGAUAACGCUCUUCUAGCUGAGGGUCGUUUUUACUCUGAUCUGGAGCUGACAGAGAAGGAAAUAGAGCGCAUGGUGAUGGAGGCUUCACGUGCUGAAUAUUUGGCUGCAGAGAAGCUGAAGCAGCAGACCUCAUUUAGAGACUCUUCGACGUCCGCUGCAGAGCCAUCAUCUUCCGGAGCCAUUACAGGUCCAUCCUGCACACCAGCGACGAGAGGAAGUGAUAAGAACCUGUUGUCAGAAAUGGUGCUCUCGAGCAGCAUGCGGAUAGUUUUGUCAAUGGGUUUCACCUACAUGCAGGCGCUGGAGGCGUGUAGCAUAUUUGGCGAUGACGUCGACUCGAUGAUAUGUUACUUGGUAGAGAUGGGAGGCAGUAGCGCUUCACCCGGCGGCAGCAAUCAGCACAAAGGUAAAGCUGCAGAGUGAAAAACCGCAAGAAUGAUUGCCGGUGCAGCAAUUGAAAAUGGCUCGAAUAUGCUCUUACAAUGAUUAAAGACCAAAUAGAACUUAUCAUCGUGGUCCAAUAAAUGAUAAUCAGCAGUGUUCUUUGUUUAGCCUGAACAGUUUUAGCUGCCAUUAUGCUCUCAAUGUAUGCGUAUAUAUUAUCAUGUACAUGAGCUUUAAUGUUGGCCGCUAUUGUACUAUUUCCCGCUUAACAAAACCACGUGUUUUGGCUAAA